GCACAUAGAUAGGUAGUUUUCUGACUGUUCUAGACUACACUUCUUAAAUAUUGAUGUUUCUUUAAUUAUCUUCCUAUGUGUAUUAUAUUACUUUUAUUUUAUGAAAUAGAAUUUGAUAAUGUGAUCUAAUUUAAUCAUUAGAAUUAAACGUAACUAUUUUUUAUUAUCACCAAGAAAAAUAAAGUGUAGGUAUAUACUUUUGUAUUACAUUGGAAGUAUAACCUGAAAAAUGUCGGUCUCUACUGUAGAGUCAGUUGAAAAGUUCGUGAAUUUUAUAAAGUCACCAACAUUAACUGUAGUGCAUUUUGCUGCUGACUGGGCAGAUCAAUGUGGUCAAGUAACCGAAGUGCUUAGAGAACUAUUGAAGAUUCCAGAAAUACAAGCUAGCAAAACUCAGUUUGCCAUUUGUGAUGCUGAAAACCUCUCUGAAAUCUCAUUGCAGUAUAAGGUUGAUUCUGUCCCAACAGUAAUAUUAUUUAAGAAUGGAGAACAAGUAGAUAGAGUGGAUGGUGCAGAUGCUGCACAGAUCACUGCCAAGGUGAAAACACAUAGUUUAGGGAAAGCAGCACCUGUAAAUGCAGCUCCUCAAAAGUUGGAAGACAGAUUAAAGGCUCUUAUAAACAGACAUAAUGUCAUGGUGUUCAUGAAGGGGAGCAGAGAUGCACCUCGUUGUGGAUUUAGCAGGACACUAAUUCAAAUUCUAAAUGGAACUGGAGUGUCUUAUGAUACAUUUGAUAUAUUGACGGAUGAAGAAGUACGUCAGGGACUGAAAGAGUAUUCAGAUUGGCCCACAUAUCCUCAACUCUAUGUGAAAGGAGAGUUGAUUGGGGGUUUAGAUAUAAUAAAGGAAUUACAAACUAAUGGAGAAUUAGAUGCUACACUCAAGGCUUAAUUUAUAAAUUCAUUUCCACUGAUACAUUAUCAUUUAUUUAUUGUAAUAAAUUGUUUUGGGCAUUUUAAA